AGUUAUUUCACGUAUACACGCAUAACGGCACGAGUCCACCUGCCACGCGAUAGCAUCCAUGCCUAAUUGCCAUGUCAUGUCAUGCCAUGCCAUGUCAUGUCUUCUUCUCUGCUACCCGUCGGCCUCACCCUCUUUACGCUCCCCUUCACGCGAUCUCUCUGAACUCUCCGACCGUGAACCCGCUUUACUCGCCGCGCCAACUGGUGGUAACACGGCGACACACGCUUUCGACCGCGCAGCGCACACCCGCCAUCGCCUAGCGUCUCUUCCCUUCCCGUCCUUCCUUUCCCUUCCCUCAGACCUUCGCUUCCCUUCGCUUAGUGACUUUUGAGUCGACUCAAAAGUUACCGCCUUACGCGGCCAGCGUCGGAAAUUGCCAGACCCGGGUCAUGCAUCGGCCGCGAAGCGGCACGCACAUGGAACACGGGGAGUUGCAGGAGCCAUACGCGCCAGUCGGGCCAUACUUUGAGUCGGCGCAUCCUUUGCCAAGUCAGAUUACCCCUUACGCAUCUUUUGAGGCUCCGCCUCGCGUCCAGCCUGCUGCUUCUCACGACGUAACUUUGUCUGGUAACCCUACCCAUCGCGAACAAUCGCCUUCGCACGAGCGUCCACGCCCGCGUAUCCGAUCGGCUCGCCCGUCGAAGGACCCUCCGAAUAGGGAUGGCCACAGCGGAUCUUAUCCUUCUCACAACAAACCCUCUUAUCCCCUCGCUAGCUCCUCUGCUGGAUCUCCAUUCUCUCAACCUCCCCCUCAACCCGCCCCGGCCCUUAAUCCGCACUCUCACCCUCACGCAGAUCAUUCCCCCCAAUCAAUCCAUCGUAGCAGGAGCGAUUCCGCCGCUGCCCCCGGCCCCCAUUCCUCCGCCGCUCCCCCCGCCCCCUCCGCGCACACGCGCCUGCGUGCGGAUCUCUCUGCCUCCGCCUCCGCCGUCGACUCCGCCACCAAAGUCCGCCUUCCGCCCGGCGAGACCGCGGCGUUGCGGAGGAACUUUCCGCAGAUCCCCGGGCUGGCGGAAAGCCUACGCGCGGGCGGGGGCGCUGGGGAUGGGGAGGGUGAUGGCGCGCGGAUGGCGUGGCAGGUCCGCGGCGGGGCGGGCUUCAGCGCGGAGUUUGAGGAGAUGCGGCGGCGGCGGCACGCGCAGCGCCAGGGACAGGAAGCGGAAGGCGCGGGGAACGCGCAGCCGCACGCGGGGGGGGUAGUACCGAGCGCGCUUGGCCCAAGCGCAGGUGGCGGAGCUCUCGCUAUUCGGGAAGGGGCCGUUACGAUUAAUUAUGUAGAACCAGGGGAUUCGGGGUUAGCGCUCCGCGCGAGCAAGAGCAGGCUAGCGGACGGCGGAAGGGAAAGUAGAAGCGCGGGCGGGGGAAAGAAGAGAAGAAAGCUGGGGAGAGGGGGUGGGAAGAGGAGUGGAGCGCAGCAGUCGGGGUGUGACGGAUCGAGAGCAGCCGAAGGAGGAGGAGGGGGGGGAAAGGAGGAGGAGGAGGAGGAGGACGAGGAGGAGGAAGAGAGGCAAGAAACGUUGCGGGGAAAGAGAGGAAGCAAGGUUGAGUUCCAGUUGCCUCUGUCGCUCCCCCGCCUUCUCCCUCACGACGAGCCCGCCACACCCUCUCUCGCCCACCCUCCCUCGCGCCCCCCAUCCACGCACACUCAUCCCCAUCCCCACGCGCAUGCGCCUCCCCACUCGUCCACUCCCAACCCGCUCUCUUCCCUCCACGCAUACCCUUCCACCCCUCCAUUGCACCCUCACCUUCCCCCCACUCAUCCUGUUCCCUCCUCUCCUCUCUCUCCUCACUCUCCCCAAUCUCCCAGAAAUUCCCAACCCGCCCACCGUCCCAGCCACCCCCCACGCCCCGCCAUCCCCCACUCCACCACAGAGCCGCGCCCUCUCUCCCGUCCCCACUCCCGCCAAACCUCCCCCUUGCGCUCCGCCUCCCCCCGCUUGCCCCCCAGCAUGUCUCUCCCUGACGUCCCCAUCCCCGCCUCUCUCUCUGACUGGGCCUCCCAAGCUGCCCUUGAACGCCCCGUCACGGAUCUCUUCAUUGAGCCCUUGCCGCUCGAUUCCCCCCUCUCCUCUCCCUCCCCAGACUCCCCUCGCUCCCCUCGCUCCCCUCGCUCCCCUCGCUCCCCUCGCUCUCCCCGCUCCCUGCGCUCCCCAUACUCCCCUCCCCCGCCUCACUCCCUGCACCCUCCGCAUUCCCCACACUCGCCUUACUCCCCCCGCUCUCCCGCCUCAGCCGUUGCCCAACGGUCUCCUGGCUUCCCUAGCAGCACAGACACUCGAGAAAACAUGCAGCCUGCGACAGGCCAAUGCCCUGGAUCGGCCGAACGCCUGGAAUCUGCCCCUCCUUCCUCCUCUCCUUUCCUCCCGGGACCGCAAGCAGCAGGUGUAGCAUCUUCAUCAUCAUCAUCCGUACCGCCAGCCGCCGCAGCAGGGGUAGCAGAGGCUGAAGCAGAGGGUGCAGCUUUUGCAGAUACGGACGACGGUGAGGGAGCAGCGGACGAGAUGUCGGGGCCCUUGUCGCCCUCGUGCAUGGCCGGGCCCCCUGCCUUGCCCUCCUUUGCCAGUGUUAUGGCCGCUGGCAGUGGGGAGACAUUCUCACAGGAUUUCAAGCGGUACCAACAGCAGCGGUCGAAGAACAAGGCGCAGGAGUGGGGGGAGGCGGUGGGGGGGUUGGGUGAGGAGGAUGGGGAUGGGGGAGAAUUGGGGGAGGAUAGCGAGGGGGGGCGGGUGGAGGGAGUUGGAGGGGAGGAUGAAGAGUUGAGUGAGGAGGAGGGGAAUAUGCAAGGUGUGCCUCUUGCCCUGGUGAAAGCACGUGGUGUGGCGCUGCCUUGCGUGCGUGCUCCCAAGGUUAGAGGGGAGGACGAGGGAGAGGUGGACGGGGGUCAGGGCAAACGAGGGAGGGUGAAGAUCAGGGGGCGCAAGACUUGGAAGUGGUGGUGGAGAUGAGGAUGCAUCAAUGAAGAGGCCGCGAAUGUUCACCCCUCCAUGCUUUUUUGCUGGAAUUGAUGGAGUGGAUAGAUAUAUAGCCCCUUCUCUGUAGCAAAGUUGCUUUUAUUUUAUUCCCAGAGUACAGCGGCGCAUAGGGUUUAGGAUAGAUUAUCUGGUUAUGGCCAUGGUGUUUUUAGAUAAUAUUAUAAGUCGCGUGCAACUGUAUA